GCGUGCUGGGUUUCUCCACGCAAUCACCGCUCAUUCCCAAGCUCAACCGCCUCGUCGCCUAAUUCCAGAGCUUCUCAAACAAGCAUCUCCAAAACCCCAACACUCCGAUUUUCUUCUAAUGGAUUUGCAGCCGAACGAAUUCGAUCGCCUACUGUUCUUCGAGCACGCUCGUAAGAAUGCAGAAGCUGCUUACGCCAAUAAUCCCCUCGAUGCCGAUAAUUUGACGAGAUGGGCAGGAGCUUUGUUAGAGCUAUCUCAGUUUCAGAGCGUUCCGGAAUCGAAGAAGAUGAUUUUAGAUUCAAUAUCAAAGCUGGAGGAGGCACUGUUAAUUAACCCCAAGAAGCAUGAUGCUCUUUGGUGCAUAGGUAAUGCUUAUACUUCCCAUGCAUUUUUGAACCCAAACCAGGAUGAGGCAAAGGAUUAUUUUGAUAAGGCCUCAGUAUACUUUCAACAAGCUGUGAAUGAGGAUCCUGGAAAUGAGCUUUAUCUCAAGUCUUUGGAGGUGACUGCUAAGGCUCCAGAAUUGUAUUCGGAGAUCCACAAGCAUGGGUUUCCUCAGCAGGCAACUGGAGCAGCCGAACCUUCUACUUCAUCCAGUACUAAGACAUCAAAGAAAAAGAAAAGCAGUGAUCUGAAGUAUGACAUAUUUGGAUGGAUAAUACUUGCUGUUGGCAUAGUUACUUGGGUGGGGUUUGCAAAGUCUCACGUGCCGCCCCCGCCCCCGCCACCACCCCGAUAAGCAUCCCGCUAAGUCCAAAGGCAUUUAUCAGAUUUAGAGCUGAUACUUGUAGAGAUGAGGAUUACAUAUCAAUCAUCCCUUGUUUUGUUUUUUUAGGUAACACUGUUUUUAAUAAAUUUCGUCGUUUUUGUUUCUGCGUUUCUGCGGUAUGACUGAUCCGAUAAAUAAGUUGGGAUUUAGGAUUGAAUACUCAGUAGAGGGAAGGAGGGGUUUGUUUGUUGGAAAUCACUGAUUAUUUGUUUAACUAUUUGGUGAUGAUUUGUAGGGUAGAAAGGAGUUGGUGAUUUUGUUGCUUAGUUUUACUGAAUUUCAUUCUGUCUUUAACUUGGAGUAAUUAUAUAGUUGUGGAUUAUUACUA